GUGCUCGGCGGUGGAUUGAGCGGGUCUGGCCCAGGUUCCCAGAGGGCUGCGCGUGUUGGCUUGCCGGGGCUGUCAUGGCGGGUCUGCUGAAAAAGACCACUGGCCUAGUGGGAUUGGCUGUGUGUGACACUCCACACGAGAGACUAAAGAUAUUGUAUGCAAAGAUUCUGGAUGUUCUUGAUCAAAUCCCUAAAAAUGCAGCAUAUAGGAAAUACACAGAGCAGAUUACAAAUGAGAAGCUUAGCAUGGUUAAAGCGGAACCAAAUGUGAAAAAAUUAGAAGAACAACUUCAGAGUGGCCAAAUAGAAGAGGUGAUUGUUCAGGCUGAAAACGAACUAAGUCUGGCAAGAAAAAUGGUCCAGUGGAAACCAUGGGAGCCGUUAGUAGAUGAACCUCCUACCAACCAGUGGAAGUGGCCAAUAUGAUCAUCAUAAAAUGACUUGUGUGCUGAGGAGAAACUGAUAUAAUUAAAUGCCCAGAUUUAUUAAACUA